CACGUCAUGAGGUCGAAAGCUUUGACGUUGAGAAAUACUCUCAAACAUCUAGUUGGAAAUAUGAUUUUGGAUUCAGUGCUGUAAAGUUCCACAACCAAAGCCGCGUCUUCAAGCUUUGUGUGGAUCCAAUUAUCCUAUUAGCACAUCCUGCAGUCCUCUAGGGGUGCGUAAUGUGGUCAGUGGUUUUCACAUGGAUUAUUCUGAUUGGUGCUGUGGUUUCUCAAAUUUUCGGAGCACCACCAUAUAGCAUGAGCACAACCGCAGUCAGAAAUCUUGCUGGUAUCGCACCUCUUAUUGGAUCCACGAUUGGAAUGCUUACUGGAGGAUGGUCUUGUGAUAGAGUAGCCGGGUAUCUGGCGUUACGGAAUCGUGGUGUGCAUGAGCCAUAAUUUCGUCUUCUUAUCAUCAUACCAGCAUUCGUUGCCAUGGCUAUUGGCGGAUUUGGUCUCGGGGCUGCAAUUGAUAGAGGCCUCUCACCAGUUACGUGCGGUGUUUUUAUUGCGAUUUUGAACUUCGCGGUUGGGUUGGUGCUGGGUGUACCGGCGUUGUUGCAUACACCAACGAUUUCUGCAGCCAGCGAUGCGGUGAAGUUUUCGGUCUUGCUAUGGUAAGCCGUCAUUUCGUUGAAAAAGAUGAGAUCAUAAAUGUCUAACGUUUAUCUUAGAUUAUCAAGAGCGCCUUUGCAUUUGGCCUCAUCUUCGUUUUCAACGGCUAUUAUAGUGCAGCUGGACCUCUUAUAUUCUUCUCAACCUUCACAGCUGACCCUAGGUGUCAUGCUGACGACAAUUCCGAUGUAUGUCUUCGGAAAGAGAAUAUGAGCAUGGGCAGAUACAACGAGUACAUUAACGUUCGCUGGACCUAAGUGAUGCAUUUAUAUGAUGGGAGUAAAGAUAUUAGUGGUAGCUAUAAAAGAGGACGUUUUUUCAAGACUGGUCCGUAGAUGGAAAUAACCAAUUUAGAUCGUUUA